AUGGCGGAAAAGGCCCAGGACGAAACCAGCGUCUCAACUGACAGCGGGAGAAUCGGCGAUGCGACCGUCACCCGCGAAACGGGGCUCCUGGCCAAGCUACGCCGCUUCGAAGCCAGAUUAGACGCGAAGCUGGGAAUUGAAUCAGAAGCCAUCAGUCGCAAGCUGCCAGAGGAAAAGGGACACGUACCAUGGCAUCACCAACUCAACAUGUUCUUCCUAUGGGCAUCCGGAACCAUGAACACGUCUUGUUUUGCCACCGGCCUUCUGGGACCUCAAUUCGGGUUGACGCUUCGCCAGAGUAUCGUCAUCACCAUCUUUGCGUCUAUCCUUGGUGGCGCUGCCACCGGAUUCGCAGCCACUUUUGGUGCGCCGACGGGACUGAGGCAGAUUUCAGUGUCAAGAUAUGCGUUUGGAUGGUGGCCUAACAAGCUCAUUGCUGCUCUUAACACUAUCGUGCAGAUUGGCUGGGCGUCUGUCGCUUGCAUCACAGGUGGUUUAGCACUAACGGCUGUAGCGGAUGGCCAUAUCUCCCUGAUCGUCGGUAUAGUCAUCCUCGCUGUCGUUGCCACGAUAAUUUCGUUCGUCGGUCUGCGAGCGAUCCUGGUAUACGAACGCUAUGCAUGGUUCAUCUUCUUUAUCAUCUUCAUCAUCUUCUUCGCGGAGACAGGCAAGUACGCGGACAACAGCACCAAAACCGACCUGAAGGGAGCGGACCUCAGUGGACAGGUUCUGAGCUUGAUUGCUAUUGUCUACGGAAGCUCAGCAUCGUGGCAGACCAUGGCCUCCGACUACUAUGUCCACUACCCUGUCAACGUCUCGCGCUGGAAAGUCUUCCUCAUGACAACCUUCGGCAUCGCUAUUCCCACUUCUAUCGGUAUGCUAGCAGGCUGUGUGGUGUCUUCCGGCAUGCACAACCGACCAGAGUGGCAAGAAACGUACGACAAUGAGGGUCUGGGUUUCCUCAUCCAAACCAUGCUCUACCCUCGCGGUUUCGCCAAACUGAUUCUCACCCUCCUGGUCCUCUCCGGUAUCAACGUAAACGUCAUUUCCAUCUACAGUGCCGCCAUCUCUUGCCAGCAAUUUGCCCGCCCUUUCGCACGCGUACCCCGUUUCAUCUGGAUCCUGGUUUGCUUCGCUGCCAUCCUUGGUCUCGCUAUCGGCGGCCGCGAGCAACUCAGCGUCUACCUUGAGAACUUCCUUAGUCUCCUCGGCUACUGGACUACGCAGUACUUUGUCAUUCUAUGCAGCGAACAUGUCAUCUUCCGUCGUAUGAACUUUGACAACUACGACCUGGACGCGUGGAACGAUCCCAGUCGUCUUCCGCUCGGUAUCGCUGCUGGCACAUCGUUUGUCAUCGGUAUCGUGGCGUGGAUUAUGGGCAUGGUAGAAACUUGGUAUGUUGGACCGCUGGGAGGUCUUAUUGGAUCUGAUGGUGGUGAUGUCGCGAAUGAGUUUACAUUCGUUGUAACCGCGCUUGUGUAUAUACCUGCGCGAUAUCUUGAGAAGAAGAUCGUCGGGAGAUAGGAGGAUGGUUUCCGAAGCAGCAGUGUUUCCGGGUGCGCAACUGUAAGGCUGCCAGUAGGAUACCUGGAUAUACACAUAACGAAGAAUCGAUAGCGUAUUGUUGAGCCAUUCAAAUCUUGCAACCGAAAAGUGGUCUUCCAAAUAUAGGAGAACUGCUUUUGGUCAGGGCUUACACAACCAGUUGCGACGCAGCCACUCAGCUCUUGAUCUCCUAGCUUACCAACGAUGAGAGAUCUGUGGGCACGUUCACAUCUCCCAUGCCCUCUUCGCGACGUCAAGCGUGACAUCUCCCUUCAAGAGUCCCACCAUCCAGUUCAAG